GACAGUCAACCCCACCAUGACGCCCCAAUAAGCGAGCACAAGAACUGACCACUGAGUGACAAUAUAUAAGCUCUGUGAAAGGGGGCUCACGAUAACCACUUUCUUCUCUGCCUUGACAAAGAAGCCACCAACAAUGAAGCUCCAUACUGCAGUUAUCCUGGUCAUCUUCUGGCUUGGUGUCUUCACCGUGCACACAGCAAAAGGAAGCGUUGGAAGUCAACCAAUGCGCAAAUUUGCUUGUGUAAAUCUAUCUACACAGAAACUGGACAUCAGACAGCUUGUCAACUAUGAAAAGCAGCAAGUUCCAUUAAACGCUGUCAUGUUUAUCACUGCAAAAGGUAUCAAGAUCUGUGUACACCCUGAUCAGAAAUGGGUGCAGGUUGCUAUGAAGAGAAUAGACCAAAAACGUACCGCCAAAAAAAAAUAAUCCUGUCCCAGGCAAGCAUCUAAGACCAACAAAAUGGAAUCAUCAUCAGUGCUGCACAUACCAGGGAAGAAAGCCUUAGUAUCUGCUUGUAGUCCUUGUUGGCAAUAAAUUCUCUGAACAAACAUGAACUCAUCAGAAUCUACUCGUCACUGGCUGAAUAUCUGCUGACUUAAUUUUAUAGCUGGACUCUGUUACACUGUUUAUUUUCUGAAAUGCUUGUUAAUAUUUAUUUACAACUGAAUGUAGGUAUCUUCCCAUCCUUGCUGUCCUGACCCAUAUAGCAUUUGAGGGUGAACGGCAGAUUGUUUCACAUGCUAUAGAAUAGAUUACCUCUCACAGAGAUGGAUAAGUAUACACUUCUGUGAUGAUGGAGGUCAAUGUUCUGCAUUGAGUGCUGGGUUUCAAGAGGUUCUAUAUAAUUGUAUGGUUACUCAUACCUAUAUAAACUGUAAGAAAGAUAAUAUCAUGCUUCAGGCUAUAGCCUGAUCAGUAUUUAAGAAGGGGAUCUUCCGGCCUUCUAUUUUUAUAUGUAGUAUUGCACUAUUAGCUUUGACUUUAGUCUCGGGCCCAUGUGAUGUAUGGAUACUUUCACCAAGGGAUGACCUGGGGUAAUUCAGGAUAACUUUAAGAACGCAACCCUAUUCAGACUUGUACUUUGGAAGACUUGUCCUAUUCACUGACUUCUGUGAAGUUGCUUUCACCUUCAUUUGGGACAGAAUUGAAAAAAUAUAUUUUGUUUUGUUUUUCCCCUUUGUUUUUCUUUGAAUAAGCAAGAAUGAACCAUAGCUGGAGUCUUUACUUCACGAAUUCAUACUUAGUUCUCUCGGGCAGGGAAUUUGUAUAUGUAAAUGUCUCUUACAUUUUUAAACUUGAUAAAUUCUACUGAUAGUAAGUUUUGGAUUUUAAUAAAGCUACUAUGAGCCUGGAAUCAAAUGGUACAUGUCUGCCUGUACAUAACGCAGAUGAAGACUAUUGAAACAGGUACUAAGAUGACAGCACAAAUUGGAGACCUUUUGAGCAAACCAGCUAGAGCUGACACUACUUCCAACUCAUGACUCAGAUUGUCAUCAAACAAUCAGAUGCUGGGCUGAAAUACACCAUAUUCAAUGGUAAAACCCCUCAGUUCAGACAAUCUUUCUUCAAAAGUUUAGGUACUGUCAGUCACCCUAGGGAUGUGUGAAGCCUGUCACAUUAUCAGUAGUAGAUACAGAAGAGCUCUCAAAGAGAGACAACUCCUGGUGUCUGGGGAACUUGAGGGGUGGAGAAGUAUAGGCACAGGUACUCCAGGAAUAAACCUUCUCUUGUACUACCCACACAUAUGUAGCCAGCAUUAUCUAAAACGUGGGCUUUUCAUUACAGAUAACAUCUUGGUGAUGCAUGUGAAAUUAUAACACUUCCAAACUAUCCUACAGAAAUAAAAUCAUAUUCCUCU